AUGGUCUCCCCUGUACGCUGCACUCCUACCUAUGAUAAUGCACUCACUUCAUUGUGUAGUGCUUCUUUGAUUGGCUUGUCUCCGCCCGGCUCGAUGCAUGAUUGGGCGGCUGAUCCGCCACUCUUCCAAUGUUUUUUCUUUAAUUGAUUUCCGAUUGGCUGAACACUUUUUCUGCUGUCUGCAUUAUGUUUUGUGGUCCAUCUCUCAAAUGGUUUUUUGCCCCACUGCCAGCAAACAUUUUUAUCUGCUGCAAUAGUAGCUUAUCAUGUAGCAGGCCUCAGUCAGGCAAGUGUAGAGACAGCAUUUAAAGGAAAGAUUCACCCAUUUUGAAUGUUAUAUUGUUUUUGUGCAUCUCUGAGCGACGUUCUAUUGAUUCCCGGGAUAUUUCAUGUUUCAUGUGUAUCUGAGCUAUUGCCGUUCAAGCAUAACAUCGCUCAGAGAUGCACAAAAACGAUAUAACAUAAAAAAUGGGUGAAUCUUUCCUUUAAGUUAAUCUAUGUGCCGGGACUAUAACAGUGUAACUGCUAGAGCAUCCUGUCAACAGUUUACUGUACUGCAUGUGACAAUAUUAAUUAUGUGCAACUGUGUGUGCAGCAGUGCACACAAGCAUGUAACUAAUGAAAUCAUUUGUCCGACAGGCCGCCUCCUUACCGCUCACUGAAGGAGGCGGAGGAGGGGGAGGAGCCCAUCAGCGGCUCCUCCUACACGGCCCCGCCCAGCCCGGUGAUGGAGAAGUUUGCUGACAUCAACCUGCUGGGGGACAUGUUCAGCUGCUUGGACGAGCCCGAGGGACAGCAACUCAGCCUGGCCAAGAGUCUGGAGGACCUCCGCCCGCCCAAAGACCCCCAGGAGCAGCAGAAAUCCACCUACCAGGUACCAGAGGGCACGUGGCAUGUGGUGGCUACAAACCUGGAUCAAAUAUCUAUUUCAGGGGUCUGAAACUCCCGGUUUGCAUGCCAAAUAACGGCCCACGAGCCGGUUAAAAAAAUUGUUAGACUUCCGUCCAAUAUCUAUACUCAUGUUACGUUACACAGCACUUGAUAGUACUGGUUAUCAGCUGUUUUGUUCUCUUGUUUCUUCCCUUUGUAGCGGAUGGACCUGAGUGGCACCCUCCCAGGCCUCAAGCACUCCAACCCCUACAACAAGAUGUGGAGCAUGCAUGGGCAGGAUGAUAUGGCCGUGGCCGGCCGGGUGUCUCCGAACUGGAACCGACCCCUGUCCGUGCCCCCCCCUGACCUGGAAGAGCCACGGCCCCCUAGCCGAGAGAGCUUCGGUCCCGGGGUCCCCGAGCGGCCGGAUCCCUUCACCACCCCCAGCCAAGGGGAGUGCAUCACCAUCCCCCGCCCCCAGGGGAGGAAAACCCCAGAGCCAGGUAAGGUCUUGGGUGCGCCACCGGUUCCCCAGCCCCGGACCAAGCCGUGGGCGGGGGUGGUGGGGGAGGGUGUGACCACCACAGCAGGGGGGCAGGAGUUCCGGCAGGCCCUUGGGAUGGGGGGUGACCUGAUGCUGCAGCCCACCAAGAUGGACUUCAAUGAGGGGGAGGAUGUGGACCUGCUCAGCCUCCUGGACCCCCUGAACAACCCAGCCCAGACCACCACCACCCCAGCCUUGGCAGGGGAAGGAGCAGACUCCCGGUCCAGUGCCGCCCCUCCAUCCUCCAGGCCUGUUCUCCCUCCACGGCCCUACCCUCAGAGCCUGCCCCCCUUCCACCAACACAUGCCCCUGAACCCCUUCACCCCGCCCCUCGGCUACUCCACCCAUAGACACUACUCGCCCACAGUAGCGGGGAAUCCUUUUGGCGGCGGUGCCUACGGGCCUCCCGCCUCCACCUAUUUCCACGCCUCCCCCCAUGGUCACCCUCCUCACCCUCUCUCUAGAAUGCCGGGGCUCUACAGACUGUCGUCCCCCGUGGGGUCCACCCUCCCUCCUGGCAUGGGCUCCAUGCGGCCUGCCUUUCCCAAUCAUGGCGGUCCUCCCCCCACCACCUCAGGCAGCCACCACGCUCUCUCCAACCUGUUGGACUCCCCUUCGGCCCCCACCCCUAGCCCCGCCCCUAGGGUACUGCCAAAGCCUCCCAACACUGCAGAGGACUCCAUCGAGACUCAGGACCCCUUUGGAGACCUACUGGCCAUGGCCAAGCCGGCCGUUGCACCACCUAAAAAGAAGGUGGAGGACCUUCGGGGGAAGUGGGAGACUUUUGACUAA